CUUUCACGGAGAAUGACGGGUAAAUCAAGAUGGCCGCGCCCAGGUGAACAUAAUCCACGCGAAACGAUUUGUACGCUAUUAGCAGCUAGGACCUGAUUUAAAAUGACAGCGAAAGAAUUGCAGGAGGAAGAAAUUGAGGUGUUAACAUCUAUUUAUGAUGGCGAUGAAUGUUUUAAAAUAGCCAGUGAGACUUCCUUUCAAUACAAGAUUGGAGAAGAUGGAAGUUACAAAUCAUUUUUGCUGGAAAUCAGUUGGCCUGAGAAUUACCCAGCAGAACUGCCAAAUUUCAAGCUGGAUACCUUUUAUAAUAAACACUUGUUAGAGGAUGUCAAACAGAAAAUAAUAGCAAGACUCCUUGAGGAAGCAGAGCCUCUACUAGAGACUGCAAUGACAUACACCCUCAUAGAAUGUGCCAAGGAAAAUGCAGAAGACUUGCUCAUAGACCAGCCAAGUGCACCUCCUCAGGCUGCUAAGGAGAUAAAAACUGAAGAAGAGACUCCUGAGCAAAGCUCAAAGAAAAAAGAAAAGAAAGAACAAUUGACGAAAGCUCAGAAAAGAAGGAUGUUUGACAAACUUGACAACAGAGGAGAGAAGCCCAGGGGGCAUGACUGGGUGGAUGUAGUGAAACAUCUUAGUCAAACUGGAAAACAGAAAGAAGAGUCUUAACUUCCAAAGAUUAUUAAAUAUUUAUAUUUUUGGUGCUCUGAGGCAGAUAU